CGGUUGGGGUCACUGCUAAACUAUAACGUUAACUAGAAUAUGAAUGAGCAGUUUAGCUAUAGCUGACCACUUUGCUUAUUACAGCAGUUCUAUUAUCAAGUCAAAUAGUCAGUUGAUGCAAAAUAGUUCUAAAUGGGUACAUUUUUGGGACAUGUCAGGAUUCGUAAUUGAUCUCCCAAAAUCGGAAUGGAUGUAUAAUUUUGAUAUUUCUCUAAUCUUUGGGUUUUUGGCAAAUCAGCAGUGGGGCAUAUACUGUGGCGACCAUGUUGAUACCCACGAAGGGGGGAUUUCGAUCCAGAUAAUGUGAACACAGUUUUUGGACUCCUACGGAGCUUGAAGGACGGAGAAAGAGGGCUCGGCAGCCAGGAAGGGAGAAAAGACACAGAGCAAGGAUUGCUUUUUAGCUUCCCCAAUAUCCCCAUCCCCCUUCACCCCUAUCCCGUCUCUUCCUGGACCGCUGCCUUUUCCUAGAAGCUGUACCUGCUGUCCAAAACAUCCCUCCCUGGUUAGUCACCCCUCACCCCCUAAAUCUCUGAUGGAUCUGAGGACUCAGGGCGGGCCUGCUACUCCACCCCCCCUCCCAAUCACUGCUCCCCAAGGGGAGCGAGAGAAGGAAGGAGGGGGUGGGAAGAAAGACGAGGAGGAGAAGGAGAAAGAGGUGUCGCAGAAAGACUCUUCUUCAGCUGCAGGUGGAGAGGGCUCCGGUGACCAGCAGCAGUCACCCCAGUUUUCUGUCAAAGAGACUAGCCUCCAUGAGGGCAACGUCAAACUCAAGAUUGGCCUGCAGGCCAAACGCAUGAAGAAGCCACCCAAGAUCCUGGAGAACUACGUGUGUCGGCCGGCUUUCAGGGCCACUGUGAGACCCAGCGGGCGCGGCGGUGGCCGCGGGAGCCGCGGAGGAGUCGGAGCAGGCGACGGGGUCAACCAGACCCAGAGCCCAACACAUGGCAGGGAGAGAGAGCAGAGUCUUGGCAAUAAACGACCGACCCCACCGUCUUCAUCUCCCUCUGCUGUUGCUGCCCCCACUCCUCCUCCACCUGUUUCUUCGCCUUCCACCACUUCACCCAGUCGUGUGAAUGGGAGUACUCCAGCUAAAUGGGGUCCUCCAAAGCUGGCCUGCAAGUCAGACAAGUCGGAGGCAAAGUCGGACGGGAAAUCCGCCAUCUCGACGGAGAGACCCCUGAAUCUUCACCGCCCUUCUGCAGAUGGCAAAACCUACCACGCCUCUGGGAAGAAGAUGCCCAUGCCCCAAACCAAGUGUCUGACCUCCUCGCCCUCCCCUCCUGCGCCCCCAUCACAGGAACCCUGCGUGGAAGGUGUUAGCAAUCCUCCUGGGUACAUUUACAGCAGUGAGGGUCUGGAGGAGAAGGACCGGGGCGUUCCUAGUUGGGGUGCUCCUACUGUUACUGAGAAACUAGCGCAACUCAUCGCCACCUGCCCUCCUUCAAAGUCCACCAAGGUGAAACCCCCCAAAACAACUCCCUCUCCCACCACCCACACCACUUCUAACUUUAUGGCCCCCACCCCAAAGCAGCGAGACCGCGCUAUGGUCAACAGGGCAACCUAUUCUAGAGCGGUCCACCUAGCUCCACCCGCUCCUGUCUCGCGCCCUCCUGGCCGCCCCUAUGGCUCCAGGAACAAUAAAGACUGUGUUUCGGAGAAGUCACCCACCCCACCUGGGAAAGAGGAGGCAGAUGGAGCCGGCAAGUCUGGCAGCAGUAACAACAGCAACAGCAGUCGCAGCAGCAGCCCUGUGCUAACCUACGGCAAUAGCCGCCUGGCAACAACUUCAAAGGACAACAACGACAGCAACAGUAAUGGCGCGAAGCCGCCACAGUCCCGUCUCACUCACUGCCCACCACCCCACUCCACCUCCUCCUCUUCCUCCUCCUCACCCUCUUGUUUGUCAUCCUGCUCCUCAUCAGAGAAGAGGACAGGGAGCCUGUCAUGUCGCCAGGGCUCCCAAGCCUCUCAAGGACACCACUCUAGAGACAGAGGAAGUCCAUCCCAGGCAGAGGAGAGGGACAGCAGUGAGAGGGACAGCAGUGAGAGGGACAGCAGUGAGAGGGACAGCAGUGAGAGGGACAGCAGUGAGCGUGACCGGCACGGCCCCAGAGACUUAUCCAAAUGCCCCCCUCCUUCAGCAUCCGGCAAGCAGGAGUCCAAGACUAAAGGGGCUAAUCAGUCACUCAGAGGGGAGAGAAGCAAGAGCUUGAGCCCCAGUAAACGCAGUCCCAACCCCAGUAAACACAGUCCCAACCCCAGUAAACACAGUCCCAACCCCAGUAAACACAGUCCCAACCCCAGUAAACGCAGUCCCAACCCCAGUAAACGCAGUCCCAACCCCAGUAAACGCAGUCCCAACCCCAGUAAACGCAGUCCCAACCCCAGUAAACGCAGUCCCAACCCCAGUAAACGCAGUACCAACCCCUGUAAACGCAGUCCCAACAGGGAAAGGGACGGUCGCACCAGUGGGAUCUUCAGUCCUCUGGAGACUGUGAGAUGGACUGCCUCGCCGCCAGAGCCAGCCGGUGACUGUUCACCCCUUCCUCUCAGAGACGAGUCCCCUGGAGAAGAGUCACCGGGCUCGCCUCCAGGGCAGGACAACAAACCCCUGAAGAAGCGGCGAGGCAGAAAGCCCCGCUGGACCAGAAUAGUGAACCGGUCACAGAGGGCGGGCCAGGGCAGCCCAGUUGACCAGCGCGAAACCAUUGUGCCUUUAUCCUCAGGCCUUGAUACUCCCCCACCUAUACGCAGGCCUGUAGGACGGCCGCCUAACCCCAAUAAGGUCAAGCUUUCCGCCGUGUCUCAACUCUUUCCACAGCCAGCCAGGAAAAGGGGACGCCCCAAGUCUAAAAUGCCCAGGCUGGACGCCCCCACUCGGGGACGUCCCCCUCACAAACUGGUCCCAUCCAAGGUCUUUUCUUUACACAAGUCGAAAGAGGAGCAGGACCCCCCUGUUCUCCACCCGGAGGUGGAUCUAAAUCCUCCCAAACCUAUGCCGAGGAAGCGGGGGCGACCCAAACGCCUGCCCCCCACCUUGCCACAGGAGGGUCAGCCCCCCACUCUGGCACCGGAAGGGGGGGAUGGGAAACAGUUCCGGACCAAGGGCAACGGGCAGCUCAUCAUGAAAACCAUCAUAGGCAAGAUCAAUAAGAUGAAGAGUGUGAAACGCAAACGGUUCCUCAGCCAGAUCCUAUUGGGACCAGGGUCUAGACCAGAGCAGGAGCCCCCCAGAGGAACUGCCAGUGGGGUGGUGGGCCAGGUAGCAGCUGCAACCCAGUCUCUAUCCUCCUUGGCUGCUUCUUUCGGUGGCAAACUGGGACCCCAGAUCAACGUAAGCAAAAAGGGGACAAUAUACAUGGGGAAAAGGAGAGGGCGCAAACCUAAAGCAUCAACAAACCCCUCAUUGGCAGCUUCAACACCACCCCCGGAGGGGCCUUUCCUGUCCCCAAACACCACAUCGCCCAUCCACCACCAUCAGUCCCAGUCUCAGCAGCAGCAGCACCAUCUCCCCACUGCUGAGGUGUUCCCCUCCCCCUCGCUCUCCCUGUCCAGUGGAGGCCAGAGCCCCAUCAGUGAUGCCUGCUUUGUGGAGCCAGGGGCAGUGCACUUCCUGACACACCCACACUUCCACUCCCACCACGUCCACCACUCGUUCCCCUUCCCACCCCCGACGUUCUCAGCCCCCUCCCCUCGCACUCUGGGCUCCUCGGCUGCUGUGGCCUCCCAGAAGAAGUCGUGCCGUGGCUACCAUCACCACCACCACCAUUACAGGCAGCACUACCACUACCGUAAGCUAUCCCCUCCCAGGCCUCUCCACCCCACAUCCCCUGCACCUCUGAGUGAACUGAAGGAAGCCACCCCCUCGCCUGUCAGUGAGUCUCAUAGCGAGGAGACUGUACCCAGCGACAGCGGCAUAGGAACAGACAACAACAGCACUUCUGACCGGGGAGAGAAGGCCUGCGGCGUGGGGAUGCCACCUGGGAUGGCCAGUGGGCUGCUAAUGCCAGGGGUGAUGGGCUCAGCUGUGGGGGUAGGAGUUGGGCUGAACCCUCACGGUGGACUAAGACACUCGUCCUCAGUGCUACUGGAGCACCCCUCUCCGUCACCGCUGGGGGUGAGGUCCUCACCCGACCCCUGCAGGCCCCACCCGGCAGCCCCUCCCUCCGCACUAGUGGGCCACAAAGAGAAACACAAGCACAAAUGCAAGCGCCGGAGCCACGGCUGUCCGGGCUACGACAAGCUAAAGAGGCAGAAGCGCAAACGCAAGAAGAAGUACCUGCAGCUGCGCUCCCGGCGCCAGGACCCCGACUUCUUGGCCGAGCUGGAUGAGAUUGUGGUGAGGCUGAGUGAGAUACGGAUAGCGCACCGCACCCCCGCUCACAGACUGGGCAGUGGGCUGGGGAUGCCCCCGGGAGCUGCAGGGGCGAGCAGAGUACCAGGGUCGGGUGGCAGGGCCGCUGGGACCAUGGGAGGCGAUGGUGGCCCCCCUCCGCAUCACUACCUGCACAGAGACCUGCUCCCCACAAUCUUCAGGAUCAACUUCAGCGGCUACUACUCCCCCCACCCCUCGUACCCCUGUGACUCUCUGCACUACGUCCGCAAGCCAGACCUGAAGAAGAAACGCGGGCGCCCUCCCAAGCUGCGGGAGUCAUUGUCAGACGUACCCUUUGUUCACGGGCUGGGGUUCCCGCUAUCUAGCGGCGGGUUCUACCACCCAUCCUACAGUGUUCCCUACUCCUCUGGUCCCCUUGGUCUGGGCUACUACAGAGGAUACCCCCCAGCCAGCGCCCUGUACCCCCAUCACCAGAACCCCCUUUCUGCCCCGUCCCACCACUCCCAUCAUUCCCCCUCCUUCCACCCGCCACCUCCCCCUUCCUACGUGCACCACCACCACCCGUCACAUCUCCUGCUCAACCCCUCCAAAUUUCACAAAAAGAAACACAAGCUGCUGAGGCAGGAGUUCCUGGGUGGGGGCCGGUCUCCCGUGCUCUACCCUACUAUGUCCUCAGAGCUGUCGUUUGGCUGGCAUCACAAACACAAACACAGACACAAAUACAGAGAGCGCUGUGCCGAGGAGGAUGGGGAAGAGGGAGGAGGGGGGAGCCGAGGCGGAGUGGGAAUGACCGAGAGCCCGGGAUCGGGAAGAGGAGAACGCGGAGCCAGCGGCGCUGGAAUGGCCGAAUCUCUGCAGCGCUGCCGCUUUGGAAGAGACUCCACCCCUACUACCACCAGUGCCAACAACCAGGCCACGGCCAACUCCCCUUCCUCGUCCUCCUCUUCCUCAGCCGAGAGGUACAAGCGCAAGGAGACAUCCCUGUCCUGCCUGGGGCCCUCUCGCCUGACCCAGGGCAGUGCCGGGCCCCGGGGCCACCACCCUGUAGAGUCCUGGUUCAGGAUGGGAAGCUCUGAGGCAGACUACGCUAAGCUCUCCCGGAUCCCUGCGGGGGCCGACCACGGUCCGUUCACAGAAGGCCAGGGAGAAGACCCGGCGGGCUGCUCAGACAGUGAGGAGGAGGAGGAAGAGGAGCCCCUCACGCCCACAGAUGAGAUGGACCCCAACUCCCAGGACCCCCCACACCACACCAACCUGUUCGCCACCGCCCUGACCAGCACAUCACUGAGGGGAGUCGGAGUCAGGAAGGGAGUGGCAGCAGAGAGUGCGAACUUCUCCCGGAUGGAGCUGAUGCUGAAAAAGGACCACUCCACGUCAGCGGAGAGGAGAGAGUUGGGCAAUACAUCAGGUGUCCAGACCCGAGGCGACCACUCUGCCCCUGAGGACCACCUCAUGCAGCAGCAGCACCACAACCACCACCCUCUGUUCCACUCCCUUUCUUCCUCCUCCGCCUGCCCCUCCCACUGCGGCCACGACUCACCCUCCCAGGGCUGCUGCCUGGACAAUGAUGCCUCCCUGCAGCACCACUCCCACCGGGCCCAGCCCUCCAAACACAGCCUGCACCACGUCAACAAGAUCCUCCGCGCCAAGAAGCUCCAGAGACAGGCGAGGACAGGCAACAACGUGGUCAAGAAGAGGGGCCCCGGGCGCCCCAGGAAGCAUCCCCUGCCCUCCCCGCCCCCAUCGCCGCCCCCUCUGGCUGAAGUGACCCAGACCAGGCACCGGGACCGAGGAGGAGGGUCAGGGGGAGGAGCGUGUAAAGAGGACACGGUGACAGACGCGAUCGAGUCGGUGGUCCAGGGCCAGCGCAGGAAAGGCCAGAAGAGGAAGCACUGGGAGAGAGAUAGGGAUGAGGAUGAAGAGGAGGAAGGGGGGGGUGAGGAGGUAGGGGAGGGCGAGAAGGUGGAGGAACGAGCGCUGGACAGGGAGGUGAACCUGGGAGGCCUGGGGAUGAGGUCCAGAGCCGGGGGAGGAAGAGGCUGGCUCACCCAAGAGGAGCUGCAGCGCUUUCGCAGUGCUCUGGAGGGGAAACCAGAUGGCCCCUCCUCCCCGGAACCUCCGGGCACCGUCUCCAUGGAACAAGCUCCACCCAUGCCUAUAACCAGCCUACGGGAGAAGAGGGCAGCCAGGCCUCCAAAGAAAAAGUACCAAAAAGCGGGGCUCUACUCUGAUGUGUACAAGACUGCGGAUCCUCGCAGUCAGAUCCUGCAACUGAAGAAAGAGAAACUGGAGUACACACCUGGGGAACAUGAGUACGGGCUUUUUCCUGCCCCCAUCCAUGUCGGAAAGUACCUAAGACAGAAGCGCAUUGAUUUCCAGUUGCCUUACGACAUCUUGUGGCUGUGGAAACAUGACCAGCUCUACGAGAAGCCUGACGUCCCCCUUUAUAAAAAGAUCAGAUCAAACGUCUAUGUGGAUGUGAAGCCUGUUUCGGGUUAUGAAGCCACCACCUGUAACUGCAGGCCUUCCGGGGAAGCCGUAGACAGAGGCUGCCUAGACGAAUGCCUCAACAGGAUGAGCUUUGCCGAGUGCUCCCCUGGCACCUGUCCCUGCGGGGAGCAGUGUGACAACCAGCACAUCCAGAGGCAUGAGUGGGUGCAGUGCCUGGAGCGCUUCCGUGCCGAGGGUAAGGGUUGGGGCAUUCGCACCAAGGAGCCCCUCCGCUCAGGCCAGUUCAUCAUCGAGUACCUGGGAGAGGUCGUCAGUGAGCACGAGUUCAGAAGUCGCAUGAUGGAGCAGUACUUUGCCCACAGCGGCCAAUACUGUCUGAACCUGGACAGCGGCAUGGUGAUCGACAGCUACCGGAUGGGCAACGAGGCCCGCUUCAUCAACCACAGCUGUGAACCCAACUGUGAGAUGCAGAAGUGGUCGGUGAAUGGGGUGUACAGGAUCGGCCUCUUCGCCCUCAGGGACAUGAGCAGCGGCACGGAGCUCACCUACGACUACAACUUCCACUCCUUCAACACCGAAGAGCAGCAAGUGUGUAAGUGUGGCUCUGAGGGCUGCCGGGGUAUCAUUGGAGGGAAGAGUCAGCGAAUCAACGGGAUGCCUGGGAAGACGGGCGGGGCACGGCGGCUGGGUCGACUCAAGGAGAAACGCAAGUCCAAGCACCAGCUGAAAAAACGAGAGGAGGAAUCAAGUGACAGCAGCAAGUUUUAUCCCCACCUUCUAAUGAAACCCAUGUCCAAUAGAGAGAGAAACUUUGUGCUGAAACACCGGGUGUUCCUGCUCAGGAACUGGGAGAAGAUGAGGGAGAAGCAGGAGCUGCUGAAGAGGGAGGGCGAGAGGGAGGCCAGCGGCGGCCUGUCCAUCUACACACGCUGGGGAGGAGUCAUCCGCGACGAUGGAAACAUCAAGUCAGACGUGUUCCUGACACAGUUCUCGGCGCUGCAGACGUCCCGGUCGGUGCGCACGCGGAGGCUGGCGGCAGCCGAAGAGAACACGGAGGUCACCCGCACCGCCCGCCUGGCACACAUCUUCAAAGAGAUCUGUGACAUGAUCACCAGCUACAAGGACUCAGCUGGUCAGACCCUUGCUGCUCCGCUGGUCAACCUACCUUCAAGAAAGCGGAACACGCAGUAUUAUGAGAAGGUGUCAGACCCGCUGGACCUGAGCACCAUUGAGAAGCAGAUCACCACAGGGCACUACAAGACUGUGGAGGCCUUUGACACCGACAUGCUCAAAGUGUUCCGCAAUGCAGAGAAAUACUACGGGCGGAAGUCGUCGGUUGGGAGGGAUGUGUGCCGGCUGAGGAAGGCCUACUACGGAGCUCGCCACGAGGCUGCUGUUCAGAUCGACGAGAUCGUUGGGGAGACAGCCAGCGAAGCGGACAGCUCGGAUUCGCUGGAGCGAGACCACGCCCAUCACCACCACGGAGGGGGCUGGCCGGGCACCCACGACAAGGACGAUGACAUAAUCCGCUGCAUCUGCGGCAUGUACAAAGACGAGGGCCUGAUGAUCCAGUGUGAGAAGUGCAUGGUGUGGCAGCACUUUGACUGCAUGCGGCUUGAGGCGGAGGUGGAACACUACCUGUGUGAUCAGUGCGACCCCCGACCUGUGGACAGGGAGGUGCCAAUGCUGCCCCAGCCCAGCUACGCCCAGUCUGGCUCUAUCUACCACAUCUGUUUACUGCGAGACGAAUUGCUGCUGCACCAAGGUGAUUGUGUGUACCUGAUGAGGGACAGCAGACGCACCCCAGAGGGCCAGCCAGUCAGGCAGUCCUACCGCCUCCUGUCCCAUGUCAACAGGGACAAGCUGGACAUCUUCCGCAUUGAGAAACUCUGGAAGAGUGAAAAGGGUGAGAGGUUUGCCUUUGGCCAUCAUUACUUCAGGCCCCACGAGACACACCACUCGCCCUCGCGCCGCUUCUACCACAACGAGUUGUUCCGCGUGCCGCUCUACGAGAUCAUCCCACUGGAGGCCGUGGUUGGGACCUGCUGUGUCCUCGACCUCUACACUUACUGCAAGGGACGGCCGAAGGGAGUGAAGGAGCAGGACGUGUACAUCUGCGACUACCGCCUGGACAAGUCAGCGCACCUCUUCUACAAGAUCCACCGCAACCGCUUCCCCGUGUGCACUAAGCCCUACGCCUUCAACCACUUCCCCAAGAGGCUGGCCCCCAAGAGAGACUUCUCGCCACACUACGUUCCCGACAACUACAAGAGGAACGGGGGGCGUUCGGCCUGGAAGAGCGAGCGGCCCAAAGGAGCCUGUGAGGACGAUGCUUCCCCGUGUGACCAGGUUGACAACUUCUGUCCGGAGAGUGAAAACGGAAGAGGGGUGGAGGGGGACAUGGAUGCUGCCCAAGAAGAAACCACACUCCCUGCGGCUGCCCAACCCCCGCAACCAGUUGGGCCAGGGGAGGGAGAAGAAGAGGAAGGGGGGCAGGAGGUAGAGGAGCAUAGGGAGCUGGAGGAAGGUGCAGCAGAGAUAGGAGUUGACAUGCUGGAACUCCUCCCCUCCAUGUCUUCCUCACCCCUCCAUCACUCUGGACUUGGCAGGAGGGAGGCGCAAAGGGAUCGGCUAAACAAGAUUCUGCUGGAUCUGCUACACAGAUCACCCAAUAAGAAUGCCAUAGAUGUCACUUAUCUUCUAGAGGAGGGGUCAGGGCGGCGAUUACGUAGAAGAACGCUUGGAUUCGGAGACUUUGUGGGUAGAAAAUGAUGUUGCCACUUACCUGGCAAGCACAAUCCCCUUUCAUUCACUUGGGAGUGUGAAAUGGAAAACAUGGUAAGGGAAGAUGACAUUUGCAAAGAGAAAGUGACCACAAAGGGCAAGGGUUGGUACCCUUCCCGGGCGUGUCCCCUCUUCCCCAACCUGUCAUCAAGUGAUUAGACAACCCAACGGUUUGAAGCAGUGCACUCGGCAGUCGUGGCCAUUGGUAGCGGUUUUGUUGGGGACGCAAGGACUUCUCAGGAGGGUGGACCCAGACUUAUUGAAGUACGAUGCAAAUGCUUUUUUUUUUUACGUAGGAAAAAGUACCCCAUGCACUUAAAAAAGUGCAUUGAACAAAUAUUAAUCAAAGACAGCCCUGGUUACUCAGGGCGAAGAGAUUAUUAUAUAGGCUUCACAUUAUCCAUACACAUGGCUCAUCAGUGCAACCUUGAGUAGAAUUAUUUUUAGUGAGCAAAAGAAAGGAACAUGUGGUACUGGACAUGGCUGUGGCAUAGUCAUAGACUCAAAUAUACUUCUUUUUUUUUUUUUUACGACAUCAAAUGGGAAUGAGGAGGCUGGAGACCUGCGCCCCCAGUGGGACUAAGUGGUAAUGAAACUAAACCUAAAUGUACCAGGAUAAGAGGCAUAGGAGUGACAUAGGAGGCUAUGCAGUGGACUGUAUGAGCAACUUGUAAACACACACUGCUGCUGAUGAACUAGGAGAAGCUGCAGGAACGAGGUUGGUCAACUGCACUUUGGUACCAUGGAUAUUGUUGGCUCUCUAAUGUAUCAACGAGACACACUAACACUCACAUGUUAUUGGGUGAUGCAGUCUGAAAAGUUAAUAAUAAGUAUUUCUUUUUCUUUCAUACUGUAAUAAUUCAUUAGGAACAGAGAAGGAAGGACGGGAUUGUGUUUGUAAAGAAUAGCUGGUGGUCUUUGGAGAGAUAGAAUGUGCGCUUUUGGUCAGUCAAGUGUCUUGUUCAGUUUGUGAGGCAGUCCGCUUCACCCCUCUUUCUGAAGUACCUGAUUCACCAGCUUAAUGAAGUCAGGCGGCGGGAACACUGACUCUUACUGUAACGCCUUAGAACGCCGUGGUCCCUGACUGCCUUGCGUGAGUGUAUGCACAUUUGUGUGUCUAAUCUGCCAGAAUUCUUGAAGAAAAAAAAUUAUGAAAAAAUUAAGGGCUUGAUGGCAAUUAACAUUUUAUGGGAAAUUAUGGAAACCAUAGGUAACGUAAAAUGUAUUGUGACGGUCAUAUUUUCUUAUAUUCUGUGAAAAGGGGUAUCUGUUGGGAAGGGAUUCUAGCUGUAAAUGUUUUCUUCAAAUGUGUUUCUGGUUGCCAUGGAGAAUAUUUUAAAUCAUUUGUGAGAUUUGAUGAGAUUUAUUUUUUCCAAAUGCUUCUGUUUAAAAUGAGACUUAGAGCGAGAUGUCCCAUCAAGAUGGACUGGCAUAGAGAUGGAGAGAGUAAGAAAACAGACGGAAAGAGGACAGAAAGUUGUACAGUGCCAAGUUAUGUAUAUACAGACUGGGAUAAUGUGAGAAGUGUCUCCAAAAGCAAUAUCUUGAUAAUGGAUUUCGUGUAUUGUACAGGACUCAGCCCCAUAUGUAUUAUAAUUAUUAUUUCUGCCAUUUGUAUUACUAUAAUCAAGACACUUAAGCUUGGGAGAGAAGGUGUUUUUGUCCAGUAAAACGUACAACUGUCCUAAUUGAAUGACAUGAACUUAAACAGAGUUUUUGUUGCCUAAAAGUUAUACUGAACAAAAAUAUAAAUGCAACAUGCAACAAUUUCAAAGAUGUUACUGAGUUACAGUUCAUAAGGAAAUAGGUCAAUUGAAAUGAAUUCAUUAGGCCCCAAUCUAUUGAUUUCACUGAUAUGCAACUGUUGGUAAAAGAUACCGUGAAAAUGCUGAGGCCCAUUUUUUUAAAGGCAUCUUUGUGCAUUCAAAUUACCAUAGAUAAAAUGCAAUUGUGUUCGUUGACAUCAGCAAACCGCUCACCCACACGACGCCAUACACGUGGUCUGCGGUUGUAAGGCCCGGCUGGAUAUACUGCUAAAUUCUCAAAAAUAAUGGAGGCGGCUUAUGGUAGAGAAAUUAACAUUAAAUUCUCUGACAACAGUUCUGGUCGACAUUCCUGCAGUCACUAUGCCAAUUGCACGCUCAACUUCACACA